AUGAUUCUGCUACAGAUCUGCAUUGGAUUCCCAGUGAAUGUCUUCCUUCUCCUGUUCUAUGGCUGGGUGGCUUCCACCAGACACAAGCUCAGCUCCUCAGCAUUGAUUCAAACCAACUUGGCCUUGGCCAACAUCAUGAUUUUUCUUAGCUGGGGCAUUCCAGAAACCAUGUCAGCUUGGGGAUGGAGAAAUUUCCUGAAUGUUAUCGGAUGUAAAGUUCUGAUGUAUUUUUAUCGAGUGGCCCGGGGUCUCUCUGUCUGCACCACCUGCCUUCUGAGUGUCUUCCAGGCUGUCACCAUCAGUCCCAGCACCUCCCACUGGGCAGGAGUCAAAACCAAAUUACCCAAGUGCAUCGUCCCCUCCUGUAUCCUCUCCUGGGUCCUCAAUCUGUUGAUAAAUUCUGGCAUACCACGGUAUACGUCAGGCCCCCGAAACACCAGUAUUCAAAUCACAUAUGACCUUAAAUAUUGUUCAGUAACUACUGUCAGUGUAGAAACCACCCUGAUAAAUACAGUUGUGUACUCUGUUUGGGAUCUGCUGUUCGUGGGGCUCAUGGGUGCGUCCAGCAGCUACAUGGUAUUUGUCCUGCACAGACACCAUCGGCAGGUUCAGCACCUUCACGGACCUGGUCGCUCCCCCAAAGCGAUGCCUGAGGUCAGAGCGGCCAAGUGUGUCAUCUCGCUGGUGACACUCUACAUCCUGCUUUACGGGAGGCAGACGAUCAUGGUGAACAUUUUAAUAAAUAUGAAAGGGAAUGCUCCUCAGCUGAUGGCCAGUCACCUAGUUUGGUCAUUCACCUUUUCAGUGUUUAGUCCUUUUCUGAUUAUUCACAGUGACAGAAGGAUGAGGAAAUUCUGGAAAAGGGAAUCUCCAGUUCGGAAUAUGGAUCCCUCUUAG